AUGUCGAUCGAAGCUGAGGGCUCGGCUCCUACGCCGCAGGUCCCCGAGAUUCAAGAAGUCAAGACCGAGAAGAAGGAGCAGAGCAAGCCCGAGCAGCCCCCCAAGGAGGGUCAACAACAAAAGCAGUCAGCAGCCCCCGCAGGCGAGAAGAAGCUCUCCGGAGCCGAAUUGAAGAAAAAGGCCAAAGAGGAGAAGGCCGCUAGACGCGCGCAAGCCAAGACUGCACAACCUCAACAGGGUCCUUCGCAAGGCGACAAGCAAUCCGGUGGUGACGGCAAGGGAGGCAAGGCAAAGCCUAAGCAAGACGGACAGAAUCAGCAGCAUGGCGGCGCAAAACUCCCCAUUCGACCGGCAGCGACAGCCGUCGUCAAGGAGGACAAGCCCUCGAUACCAGAUUGCUUCAGCCAUUUGUCUAUGGCUCGACGGAUAGACAUGACUCAUGCCGACAAGGACGUCCAUCCUGCUGUGUUGGUUCUCGGAGAACACAUGAGCGCAUUUGCCAUCAGUGAUAGUAUCACUCGACUGGAAGCGACUCUAUAUGCUUUCAAGAAGGUCAUUGACUCUUACACCACGCCUCCUGGCUUCACCUUUUCCCGCCAUUUCACAUCUCACGUUCUUAACCCUCAAAUCGAGUAUCUCACAGCAUGUCGCCCCAUGUGUUUCUCCAUGGGCAAUGCCAUCCGAUGGCUCAAGCUUCAAAUCAGCAAGAUCGAUAUCGAUCUCCCCGAUUCUGACGCCAAGAAGCUCCUAUCAGAGUCCAUCGACAACUACAUUCGUGAACGCAUUACUCUCGCGGACUACGUGAUCGUUGAGACUGCUGCCAACAUGAUUGAUGAAGGUGAUGUAGUACUCACAUACGCUCACCACCACCUGGUUGAGCGCACUCUCCUCCAAGCUCGCCAGGUUCUGAAUAAGAACUUCCGUGUGAUCCUAGUCGACGACCCUUAUGAGCGCGUUGGCAUCGAUCUCGCAAAGAAGCUCUCCGUCGCCGGCAUCCAUGUCGCCUACGCUUCCGAUCUCGGCGCUCUGCGAACGCACCUCUCCGAGGCAACUCAGGUUCUGCUCGCCGCCGAAGCCAUCUUUAGCAACGGUGCGAUGUACGCCCGCGCAGGCUCAUGCGACAUUGCCACAGCAGCAACUGACCUUGGUGUCCGCGUCGUCGCUCUUUGCGAGACCAUCAACUUCACCGAGCGUGUCUCAAUCGACUCGCUCACCUACAAUGAGAUUGACCCUGAGCAUUCCACCGAUGUUGGAUUCCGCUUGCUCUUUGACACUACACGAGACAAGUACAUCACGGUUGUUGUGACGGAACUGGGCAAUUCUUCGGCUACUUCCGUGCCGGCUAUCUUAAGAAAACUAGAGGAGCUGUAG